CAGAAAAAAAUAUAUCGUGGGCGCGCUUCCCUCUCCGCCCGUGGCAAAUUGUUUCCCAAUCGAAAAUAUUCCUUCGUUUUCGAUUUGACAAAGGGAAGGAUUUCUAGGUGAAAAAAUCUCCUUAAAACUACUCUCGCAGAAUCACCACAUCGGCGACAACAUGGAUAAAGAACCACCAACAAGUACCACAGAUGUUGGUUACAGCCAGCCCCCUCAAGGGUAUCCUGGGGUCCAAACCUACCCUAUAAAUAAUUAUCCACCCCCUGCUUAUAAUGCACAGGGUUAUCCUGGGACCCCUCCCCCUGCUGUCUACUCUCAGCAGCCAUACUAUGGACCACCAACAACACAACAAACAUUUGUACAGCAACAGCCUGGUGUAGUGGUUGUCCAGCAGCCAAUAGGGGUUGUGUCUCCUCCUGACUAUCAGGCACUUGCAUGGUUUGCCUGCCUCUGUUGCUGCUGGCCUGUUGGCAUUGUGGCUAUUAUCAAAUCAAAUGAGGUAAGGAAUGCGAUGGCAAGAGGAGAUUAUGCUGCUGCCAACGCUGCAUCAAGCUCAGCUCGUACUCUGUCCAUGGUCUCCAUUGGCAUGGGUGUGGCUUUCAUGGUGCUCUACCUCAUACUCCUUAUUGUCUGGAUAAUCCCCCUUAUUGUUGCUGUUAAUAGCAACUAUUAGAGAAUUGUGCAUAUCACAAGAUCACAUCUUAAUUUAUAUCUUAAUACAUUUAAAUAUAUCAGUUGAUUAGGGUAGAUCAAUGGUAAUUUGUAGAAACGAUUUCUUGUUUUCUUUAAAUUUAUGCUAUGAUCCAGAUGUAAGCUGAAAGGUUAUAGCGAUGUAUGUGUGAGAAAAGUGGGUGGACAUAAGAAAAAUAAGGCAAAAUGUG